AUGGCUUCGCCGCAGACCGAGAACCGCAAGCUCGGCGGAUACGAGUUCUACGAGAAGAUCCUGAAAAGCCCCAAGCUGGUGGUCGCUCCGAUGGUCGACCAGUCCGAAUAUGCGUGGCGGAUCCUGUCUCGUCGAUACAAGGCCGAUCUCUGCUACACACCCAUGUUCCACGCCCGCAUGUUUGGCGAGCCCGACCGCAAAUACAAGAACGAGAACUGGCAGACCGGCCCCGGCGACCGGCCCCUCGUAGCGCAGUUUUGUGCCAACGAUCCACAGCAUCUCCUUGCUGCCGCCAAGCUCAUCGAGCACGAAUGCGAUGCCGUCGACAUCAACCUCGGAUGCCCACAGCACAUUGCAAAGCGAGGCCACUACGGCUCGUUCCUCAUGGAAGAAUGGGAUCUCAUCGCAGAGAUGGUCCGCACCCUCCACAGGGAGCUGUCGAUUCCGGUGACCUGCAAGAUCAGGAUCUUCCCCGACGUCGAGAAAACGCUUCAGUACGCCAAGAUGAUCGAGGCAGCGGGGUGUCAGUUGCUGACGGUGCACGGACGUUUCCGAGAGCAAAAGGGGCACAAGACCGGACUUGCCGACUGGGAACAGAUCCGCCGGGUCAAAGAGGCAGUCAAGAUCCCGGUCUUUGCCAACGGAAACAUUCUGUACUACGAAGAUAUCCAGCGGUGCAUCGAGUACACCAAGGUCGAUGGCGUCAUGACGGCUGAGGGCAACCUGUACAAUCCUGCCCUCUUCUCGGGCAAGCAUCUGCCCUCGUGGAAACUGGCCCAGGAGUACCUUGAAAUCUGCCGCGACGUCCCCAAGAGCGCAACCAUCAGCAUGAUCCGGGCGCAUCUGUUCAAACUGUUCCACGCAUGUCUCUCCGAGUACACUGACAUGCGGACGGCGCUCGUCAAAGCUAAUACAAUCGAAGGCUUCUUUGAGAUCGUUCAAAUCCUGAAGAGCCGACUUGUUGUCGACGCCAAUGGGGCCGACUAUGUCCCCGAGCCGUACGAGCACGACGACCACCAGCUCCGAAAGCUCCCACGAUGGGCUUUGCAGCCAUACGUUCGCCCUGAGCUCCCCAAGCCAGGCGAGCUUGGCCGGAGAGAAAAGGAGCGUCUCGAGCAGGAAGCAGCCGAACACGACGAAACAGCGGCCCAGCCCACCGCGAGUGAUCAGGUCGAGGAGAAAGUUGACCAAAUGAGCCCGCUCAAGCGUGCCGCCGAGGACGAAGCUGCGCCUAUGGAAGAGAGCAAGGAUGCCGAUUGUCCGGCUAUCGAACCGACCCAGGAGCCUCUUCCAGCCAAACAGUCGCCCAGACCACCAAAAGGUAAGGGGAUGCGAGAUGCGGAUAAUGCUCAAAUAGUCGGCUUGCUCCGAUUGAGGUAUCCUGUGUGGGUAGCCGAUACAUUUUGCUCAUGCAUCGAGGUGGAAACGGCGGGGGUGUUGACUGUGAUUCGCAUUAGUUCCCAAGAAACAGAAACUCAUGACGCUCUGUGGCGAGUGUCCCAACGUCCGAUCGACCCAAUGCACCUUCGGGCUGUGUAA